AUGGCAGGAGUGGGUAUCAACCCUAUAGGGAAUUCCUUAACUAAUACAUCUGUUAAUGUGUUGAGGCAACAAAUGGAUGAUAGUAACCAUGAAAUGGUGAAUUUGUUGGCCCAACAAAUAGGAACGGUGUUUCACCCUUUUAUUCAAAAUACAAAUGAGUCUUAUCAGCAAUUGACAAGACAAAUGGGUCGAAUUGCAGACGCAUUCGGGGUCCCUCGAAAUGAAGUGGUGAACCCCGUGGGUACAGCGUUGAAUAACGUUGUUGAAGUCAAUGCAGUUCCUCAGAAUGAACCAUCCCAGACCCACGUCGAAAUACCGGUAGGGCAGGGUGGCCGAAAUCAAUUAGAUAAUCUGGGCAUCCAAGGGCGUCAGAACGUCGAGAAUCCUGUUUUGAUAAACCGAAAUAUGGAUGCGGAUAGGAUAGUCGAGCGAAUUAGACAGAAUAACGUUGGGGGGCAUCAAAAUAUAGCGGGAAUAGUCAAACAAUUAUUGAAUCAACAUGGGUUCAAUGUAGGCUACGCGAACCGACCCCAUUUCGCUUCGGCCUUUUCCGACUUUGUUCUCCAGGUCGAAUUACCUAGGGGAUGGAAAGUCCCAAAAUUUACUAAAUUCUCGGGAGACACCGGAGAAUCUACGGUCGAACAUAUUGCAAGGUACCAAAUAGAAGCAGGGGACAUAGCCAAUAAUGAGAACUUAAAAAUGAAAUAUUUUUCGAGUUCUUUGACUAAAAAUGCUUUAACUUGGUUUACUACUUUGUUGCCUAAUUCAAUCCAUAAUUGGGCUCAGUUAGAGAGAGUUUUUCACGAACAGUUCUUUAGGGGUGAGUCGAAAGUCAGUCUGAAGGAACUGGCUAGCGUGAAAAGAAAAUUCAAAGAAACCAUAGACGAUUACUUGAAUAGGUUUAGGCAGAUGAAGUCGAAGUGCUUCACUCAGGUCCCAGAACACGAGUUAGUCGAAAUGGCGGCUGGAGGCUUGGAUUAUUCAAUUCGUAAGAAGAUAGAUACCCAACAUCUUAGGGACAUGGCUCAACUGGCUGACAGAGUCAGACAGAUUGAAAAUUUGAAACUCGAAAAAGAGAAAUUUAAUAGAGUCCCCAAGAAGGGUAAGGUUGCGUUCGUCGAAAGUUGCGAAUAUGAAGUCGAUUAUGACUCUUAUCAAGGCAACUGUGACGACGUCGAACAACAGGAGGUUGAUGUAGCCGAAUUGGUAUCAGGACCUCCUUAUGUUUGUAGGAUGUUAAAGCCUUAUGAAUCUAAAAAUACGGAAAUAAACAAAGGUGUUAGUAAGUUUCCUGUGAAAGCGUAUAACUUUGAUGUUACUAAAUGCGAUGCAAUUUAUGAUAUUUUAUUAAAAGAUGGGCAAAUCAAAGUCCCUCAUGAUAAAAAAGAAGUACCUUUCGACCAAAGGAAAGGGAAAAAGUUUUGCAAGUUUCAUAACGUAUUCAGUCAUUGGACUAAUAAUUGUGUGCGUUUCAGGGAUCUGGUGCAAACUGCAAUAAAAGAAGGACGGCUCAAGUUCGAAGAAAAGGAUAAGGGUGCGAUGAAAAUUGAUUCUUACCCAAUGCAAAUUGGCAACGCCAAUUACGUCGAACCAGCCGGGAUCAUGAUGGUUGAGUUGUCUGAUUUGAACCAGGUUGCUACUGGGGAUGAUGAUAUCGAAGUUGUGGGGCCUACUCCAGGGAUGGAGAAGGUCGAACUUCCUGAAGAUGGAAUGGAGGAAGAGGGCGUGGUCGAACUUAUAUGCCACCAAGUCGAGUGUCGUUUGACAAGUGGAUGGCAAGGAGCCAGGCCCCUCACCCUAAGGUUAAGGUGGUCGAAUUGGGGAAUGGGUCUGCCUAUAUGGAUAAUUCUCGAAACAACAAGAAUUAUACCUAUGUCCCAAGACCGUAUUUGGGUCGAAACCCAAUGA